GGCGACGCUGCUGCGCCUAGCGGCCGACAACGAGCGUCGCCUGCGCGAGCUGCCGGCGGCGGCGGGGUGCUUCCGUGGGCCGCGCUCCACGGGUCAGCAACGGCUCCGCGCGCCCCGCCCCGGCCGGGGCACUGCUUUGGCCGCGCUCCUGCGGAGCGGCCCCUCCCCUCCCCUGAGCGCGGAGGGCGCCGCUCCUCUCCCGCGGGGUCUCCUAGUGCCCUUCUCUCCGCAGAACUGAUCUUCCUCCUAGCGGAGAAAUGGCGCCUGGACCCCCCAGCCCGCUACCAGGCGGCGGAGAUAUUCGACAGGUACCGCCGCGCGCGGGGGGCGGGCCCGCCUCGCCCCGCCCCCGUUGAAGCCCUCCGGAGCUUGAUUCUGCGCGUGAAGAACACGGCGGUCCUCGGCACCUCCCGGCGUUGUUGCCCGAGCGUUGGAAGAUUGUCUUAAGCUUUCUCCCCCUGCCCGCCGACCCCCACUGUGGUUAGGGAAAGCCCUACUUGCUCUCUGCUUCCCCUAUACAGCAGCUCUGGCCCUGGUGUGGGUCCCCCGCAGCUGAAAUCACAGGCACUCCCCUGCCCUCAUCUGGGCUGAGCCAGGGUGGUUUCUGUGGCAGGGGAGGGUGUGUAGGAGCAGGGGGAGGCCACUGGUGUCUUUCCCCCUACCACCCAAUCCAUUCCCCACUCCUUGUCAGGCAGCAAGAGCCCCAGCCUGGAGCCCUCCCCCAUACUGAAGGGGGCAUGGAGGGGAAGGAAAUCUGCCUUGGGUUCCAGUAAAUAGGGUAUACUCCUCAUUUUGCAAUGCUCAGCUGCAGGCUGUAGAAUAUUUUUCUCUCUGCCUUUUAACCGUCUCUGUACCUGUGAUUUCUAGUUGUAGAGUGUUCUUAAUCCACACACAAACAGUUUUUCUUUCCAUUAGCAAGAGGUAGUUGCUUCCUGAGAGCUGGGCUUUUCUUGCAGGUUUAUGAUUAAGCAGGUACAAGAGAUGUAUAAUUCCACUGAAGAGUCAGGGGAAAGCGGUGAACAAGGACGGAGCCACGGCUGGAAUUUUUUGAAAGCACAGAUGCACAACAUGUUUAUGCUGCGCCUUGUGUCUUGCAUCCAGCUUGCAAGCAAACUUUCCUUCCACUACAGUAUAGUUAACAAUAACACAGUUCUGAAAUUUCUGCAGUCUUUAGACUAUUCAUUCACUAAACAAGAAUUGCUGGAGUCAGAACUUGCCAUUUUGAAGGGUCUACACUUCCAGAUCAAUUUGCCAACUCCUUUGGCCUAUGUUGAGUUGCUCCUGGAAGUCUUGGGACAUAAUGGCUGCUUACUGUCUUUAAAACAAUUGCAUGAAAUGUGUGUGCAUCUGCUGGAUUUAACUUACCUCAUGCGCGAUGUUAUCUACAAUACAUUGCUAAAGACUUCUAUUGAAAAUUCGACGCCAAAUGAACUCCAGAUAGCAAAGUUUUUGUCAGUAAAAGAAGAUUUUAUGCUCUUGGCAGCUGGAAUUAUUGGAACAAGUGCUUUCAUACUAAACCCUGAACACUGGAAUCAGGUUGUGGAGCAUUUGAACUGUAUCACUGGCAUUACCUCACAAAGCGUUUUUGAAUUUUUAUAUGCAAUACUAAAGCACAGUCUUGGCACUACACCCACUGGAACCAAUGCAAGGAUGGAAUGAUGUUUUCAGUACUACACUACUUAACGGUAAACAUGGAUUUAUUUGGUUUUUUUUCAACAGCGUUCUCAAAGCCAGCAUGUUACUGGAAAGGAUCCAUCCUUUAUCAUACCAAACAAGGAACUUUAACUCCUUUCUGAUGAGCUAUAGUAGUUGUAUAACAGCCUCUGCAGACUAUCCCCUACCUCUCUUAUGGAGAGAGCAUAGCAGUGUCAUUUGGGACAAAAAAAAGGGUUUUCUUUUUCUUAAAGAAAAAACAGCAGCUAGAUUUUGUAAAUUUGCAGGCUUGGGUGUCCUUUGAAGAAGUUCACAACUUUGAUUGGAUUGCCAAGGCCACCCAUAGAAAAGACUCCACCAUGGUUUGGGAAUAUACAAAAUGCUCAUGAUAAAUCCCCUAAUAAAACCUUUGCAAACAAGGCUGUAUUUUCCUUCUGUAUAGUAGCUGUUGCAGAGUAACAGCUCUCAGCAUACUGCAGCAGGGGUUCUCAACCUCUGGCCUGCAGAGCAGUGUGAUCUGGCUCAGAGGGCUCUGGAAAUUAUUUGGGAAGGGUAGGGCAGAAGCAGUGGCAAUGAAUAGUGCUAGUACUCCCCUACUGCUGAAUUCUCAUGCCCCACAGGCCAGAUGAUAUGACUUUGUGCACAGGAUCCCACCAGCAUGCAAGAAACCAGGGCAGUGGGGCAACAAGGCUGAUCCAGUACGCAUGAAGGUAUGCAUAGGACCAGGGGGAGGGGCCAAAGCAUACCGAGGGACUAGUCAAGACCCAUCCCACACCAUGCAUAUGGCCUAGAGCCCCAAAAGGUUGGGCACUAUUGUUCUAGGAUCUUCAGUACUAGAUACCCCACUAAUCCAGUUAUCUGUCCCCACAGAAAAUUCAGGUAGCAGACACUGUUGAAGGAGAAGUGCAAGUCAAACACAGCACUGCAUGCCUUGAGAGGCAGAUGCAAACCUCAUUUGGGUUGGAGGUUGUUUGAUAUAUCCAUCUCAGUGCAGAGGAAUGUUAUGCUGCAGGUAGUGCUUUCAUUCAGUGAACACUCCUUGUCUAGAAUACAAACUUUUAUUACAGUGUUCAGUGCACCUUUGUGCAGUAACAGACUGCAAGAAAUACUGAAUAGAAACACUUAAAUAUUAUAGCAACAUUUUAAAUAGUAUCAAACCCUAGUAAAUUUGAAUGGCACCAAGUUAAGUGCGCAUCUGUAUCUGAUUUAAAGAAAAAAUAAAUAUGUUCAAGCUUUAAGGUGACCAGGCAAAGUGCCUAUGAGUUUUUCCCCACUGUAUUCUUAGUACUUCAUUUUCCUAAGAUACAAUUUGUUUAAAAGUUGCAAUGGUAUUAAAUAUCCACUUGUACAGUAAAAUAAGUUUUGACAUACAUAAAAGCACAAUAUACAUAAAAGCUAAAUAGCUACUUCAUGAACAGCUUAAUUUUAUUCUGUUCCGCUUAACAGCAUAACUUUACAUAUUGCUUUUCUACGUAUUACUUGUGGUAUGAAAUUUUAAAUAAAGUGUCUUGUGGAUUUUUGGUAUUGUAAA